CUUCCACUUGAUUUCCUUACCAUUUCGCUACCAAGCUACGGCCACCAGCACGGCCUACCACGAGACCAGGCUGUAUGUGCGAGAAGCAAAUCCAUGCAAAUCACGAACGAGGGUGUGUUGGUGCAACGUUACCCUAACGAACCAUGAGAACGAGUCGGCGAUUGGUCGAUCCUGCGAGCGAGCUGCCGAGGCUCGAAGAAAAGCAACCCUUCCUCUUUCCCGAUUAUGUACCAUCUUCAGAAUCGCCAGGAUUGCCGUGCCGUUCGCACCCCCCUCGAGGCGUUAACAUUCUCGCUUUACGUAGCUUGAGUAAUAGAACCAUUAAUCAGUGUUCAGCUACAAGAAUCCUGUUUUACUUGAAUUUUUCGUUUAUUGUAUUAAAACGACGCUAUCAGAGUACACCAGUUACUCCUAAAAAUAAACUCCAAGUGAUACGUUUGGAGCAUUGAUUCUAUUGAUCCUGUUCGGAAUCGUUCUUCCCAUCACCGUUGAACUAUAAACUGCCUCCUUCAAGCAGAAUCCCUCAAUCCAAUUAAUGUGACAAAGGUGAACGUUAUUCUCGCAUCUGCCAAGUGCAAUCUGCAAAUAGCAGUGUGCCAUUAGCCCGCUCCACAUAUCAUCGACGGUGUGCAGUUCAACCGAGAGUAAGUCACUCGAGCGAACCAUGCUUGUGUCUCACACGGCGGGAUCGUACGGGAUAACAUGAGCAGUAACAGCAAGAAACCACCGGGAGGCAAGGACGACAAGAAGAACCCCUCCAGUAAAGAAGACAGCCCGUCGGGCGGUAAGGACGAUGGUGGUUCUGCCUCGACAGGAAGCAAUGGCGGUCCGACUGCAGGAGAACCACCGCAGCCCGGAAGCAAGCCCAACUCCGCUGGUGCGACCGCCAGAGAAGGGGCCCACAGACUCUUGGGCCUGGCAGCAAAAGGCGAAUGGGCCCCCGUGGACCAGCUGCUCAAGUCCUUGGAGAAGACGGUGCAGAGCGCGGGGGAUGAUAACUUCAUCGUCCCGCUCGCCGGCGUCGUGGACACGACGACGGGGAUGACGCCGCUGAUGUACGCGGUGAAGGACAACCGCAGCGCGCUACUCGACCGGAUGAUCGAGCUGGGGGCCGAUGUAGGAGCCAGAAACAACGACAAUUACAAUGCUCUCCACAUUGCUGCUAUGUACUCGAGGGAGGAUGUCGUUAAGUUGUUACUGUCCAAAAGGGGUGUUGAUCCGUAUACCACAGGAGGGCCAAGACAGCAGACGGCGGUUCAUUUGGUGGCAUCACGACAAACAGGCACCGCGACGUCGAUUUUACGAGCUCUGCUGGGCGCCGCAGGUCGGGAUAUCAGAUUGAAGGUCGACGGCAAAGGAAAGAUACCACUUUUGCUAGCGGUGGAGGCAGGCAAUCAAUCGAUGUGCCGAGAACUUUUGGCGCAGCAAGCGCCGGAUCAGCUUCGGGCCACCACGCCAGCAGGUGAUUCCGCUCUGCAUCUGGCCGCCAGAAGAAGAGACAUCGACAUGGUGCGGAUCCUGGUGGACUAUGGCGCGGUUGUCGAUAUGCAAAAUGGCGAUGGGCAAACCGCGCUGCACAUCGCGAGCGCCGAGGGUGACGAGACUUUGGUGAAAUAUUUCUAUGGCGUCAGAGCGUCCGCCUCGAUCACCGACCAUCAGGAUCGAACGCCUAUGCAUCUGGCCGCGGAAAAUGGUCACGCUUCCAUAAUUGAGCUGCUAGCUGAUAAAUUCAAAGCGAGCAUCUUCGAGAGGACGAAAGACGGCUCCACUCUAAUGCACAUUGCAUCACUAAACGGACACUCGGAAUGCGCCACCAUGCUCUUCAAGAAGGGAGUGUAUCUGCAUAUGCCAAACAAACGUGGUGCCAGGUCCAUUCACACGGCCGCGAAGUACGGUCAUGUGGGCAUUAUCAGCACUUUGCUGCAACGAGGAGAAAAAGUGGACGCGGUGACUAACGAUAAUUAUACGGCACUCCAUAUUGCCGUGGAAAGUGCCAAACCAGCUGUCGUGGAAACACUUUUAGGAUACGGCGCUGAGGUGCACGUGAGGGGUGGAAAACUUCGGGAAACUCCGCUCCACAUUGCCGCCAGGGUGAUCGACGGUGACAGAUGCGCUCUGAUGUUACUGAAAUCCGGGGCAGGUCCCAAUUUAACAACCGACGACGGCCAAACGCCCGUGCACGUUGCAGCCAGCCACGGAAAUCUGGCGACUCUACUCCUGCUCCUCGAUGAUGGCGGCGAUCCAAUGUUCAAGUCAAAGAAUGGAGAGACACCCCUACAUCUAGCCUGCCGAGGUUGUUGCGCAGAUGUGGUCCGGCACUUGAUCGAGUUCGUAAAGGAGACGAAAGGUCCGGAGGUGGCAACGGCCUAUGUGAAUAGUGUGACCAAUGAUGGUGCCAGCGCUCUGCAUUACGCCGCUCUCAUCGAGCCCUCGGAAGUUAAGAUUCCCGGCGACGAUCGUGCUAUCGUUCGCGCCCUUCUCGAUAGUGGUGCGGACGUCUCACUGCAAACUAAGCAGGCCCAGGAAUCGGUAUUUCACCAUUGUGCUCACGCGGGCAACAACGAGGUCCUAUCAGAAAUGAUCAGUCGCAUGAUAGCCACGGAAGUGCAAAAGGCGUUGAAUAGACAAAACGUCAUAGGCUGGACACCACUACUGAUCGCCUCUCAUUGUGGCCACAUGGAACUAGUGAACAACCUCCUCGCGAAUCACGGCAGGGUAGACGUGUUCGAUCUCGAGGGUAGAUCCGCUCUUCAUCUGGCCGCCGAGCACGGUUACCUCCAAGUUUGCGACGCGUUGCUGGCGAACAAGGCCUUCAUAAAUUCCAAGUCGCGUGUGGGAAGGACCGCUCUGCACUUGGCCGCUAUGAACGGCUACACGCAUCUGGUGCGGUUCCUCGUACAGGACCACGGCGCCGCGAUAGACGUGCUCACCCUGAGGAAGCAGACGCCCCUUCACCUGGCGGCGGGGGCGGGCCAGUUGGAGGUCUGCAAGCUUUUGCUCGAACUCGGUGCCAAUAUAGAUGCAACGGACGAUCAAGGGCAGAAGCCGAUCCACGCCGCGGCUAUGAACAAUUUCGCCGAAGUGGUGCAACUCUUCCUGCAGCGGCAGGCCACUCUCGUGAUGGCGUGCACCAAGGACGGCAACACCUGCGCCCACAUCGCCGCGAUGCAGGGCAGCGUCCGAGUGAUCGAAGAACUAAUGAAGUUCGACAGGCAAGGCGUGAUAACUGCUAGGAAUAAGCUGACGGAGGCGACACCCUUGCAGCUGGCGGCAGAAGGUGGACAUGCCGAGGUGGUAAAGGCAUUGGUUAGGGCUGGAGCAUCCUGUACUGAUGAAAAUCGUGCAGGUUUCACCGCGGUUCAUCUGGCAGCUCAGCACGGCCAUAUCCAGGUACUCGAAGUGAUGAGAUCGUCGCAAUCUCUUAGGAUAUCCAGCAAGAAGCUCGGCGUCACUGCACUUCACGUUGCUGCUUACUUUGGCCAAGCUGAUACGGUUAGAGAACUGCUAGCUUAUAUACCUGGAACCGUGAAAUCGGACCCACCAACUGGAGGAUCUCUAGUAGAGGAAUUAGGAGCUGAGUCUGGCAUGACACCACUUCAUCUAGCUGCCUAUUCCGGAAACGAGAACGUCGUGCGACUCCUGCUGAAUUCUGCGGGAGUUCAGGUAGACGCAGCGACGACGGAGAACGGGUGGAACCCCUUGCACCUGGCCUGCUUCGGCGGUCACAUCACCGUCGUGGGCCUGUUGCUGAGCAGAUCGGCUGAGUUGCUACAUAGCUCGGAUCGCUACGGCAAAACAGGACUGCACAUCGCGGCGACCCACGGUCACUAUCAAAUGGUGGAGGUGCUUCUUGGCCAGGGAGCGGAAAUAAACGCCACCGACAAGAACGGCUGGACGGCGCUGCAUUGCGCUGCUCGCGCUGGUUACCUGGACGUGGUGAAGCUGCUUGUUGAGAGCGGUGCAUCACCGAAAACUGAAACAAAUCUCGGCUGUGCGCCGAUCUGGUUUGCCGCGUCCGAGGGUCAUAACGACGUACUCAAGUAUCUUAUGGAAAAAGAGCACGAUACGUAUGCUCUGAUGGAUGAUAGAAGGUUUGUCUACAACAUGAUGGUCUGCAGCAAAAGUCACAACAACAAACCGAUAGAAGAAUUCGUUCUCGUGUCACCCGCUCCGGUCGACACGGCAGCGAAGUUAUCCAACAUCUACAUGAAGCUCUCCGAGAAGGAGAAGGAGCGCGCUAAGGACUUGAUCGCGGCUGGGAAACAGUGCGAGGCCAUGGCCACGGAAUUGCUGGCCCUGGCGGCGGGCGCCGACUCGGCUGGCAGGAUCCUGACGUCGAUGGACCGCAGGAACGUCGAGUUCCUGGACGUGCUGAUCGAGAAUGAGCAGAAAGAGGUAAUCGCACACACCGUGGUGCAGCGCUACCUCCAGGAACUGUGGCACGGGAGCCUGAAUUGGAACACCUUCAGGACGGGCCUGCUGUUCAUCACCUUCGUCCUGUGCCCGCCCGUCUGGGUGGCGUUCGCCCUGCCGCUCGGGCACAAGUACAACAACGUACCCAUCAUCAAGUUCAUGUCAUAUCUCACGUCACACAUCUACCUGAUGCUCUUCCUGUUGUUGGUCGGUAUCACACCCAUCUAUCCGGUAGUGCGGGCCAACCUGAUACCGUACUGGUACGAGUGGUUUCUGCUGGUGAUGCUGUCGGGACUGUUGCUGUUCGAGCUGACGAAUCCCAGUGACAAGAGUGGCUUGGGUUGGAUCAAGCUGGCGGUAUUGCUCUUCGGCAUAUUCGGCGUGGGGUUCCACCUGAUGGGAUUCGUGAUCAUUGCGAGACCAUACUGGCCGACUCUGCUCUACCUGAGGAACCAGCUGUUCGCUCUGAGUUUCCUUUUAGCUUGCGUGCAGAUACUGGACUUCCUGUCGUUCCAUCACCUGUUCGGACCUUGGGCGAUCAUCAUCGGUAAUCUCAUGAAGGACCUCGCGAGGUUCCUCGCGGUGCUCGCCAUCUUCGUCUUCGGCUUCUCCAUGCACUUCGUCGCGCUGAAUCAGGCGUUCAGGAACCAAUCGUUGCAAGAAGCGCGUCUGGAAGACAGAAAGAAGAAGAAUACGUUCUCCGACGAUUUGUUGGCCAAUGUUACGGAAUGGAUAGAGACGCCACCAACGGCGCCUCCUCGUCGCUACGGCCGCUACAAGAAAAAAAAUGAGUGUUGUGACGAUAGCAGCAGAGAGAUAAAGAUGAAUCCGAUACUCGCCUUCGAGUAUCUGUUCUUCGCUGUCUUCGGCCAGACCACCCACGGCGAGCUGAAGGUCGAGAACAAUCAGCCGCAGUGGACUUCGGUCCUCUUCAAGUUGACCUUCGGCGUGUACAUGUUGGUCUCGGUAGUGGUGUUGAUUAAUCUGCUGAUCGCCAUGAUGAGCGACACUUAUCAACGGAUACAGGCGCAAUCGGACAUUGAGUGGAAAUACGGGCUCAGUAAACUGAUCCGUAACAUGCACAGAACUACCACAGCUCCGUCCCCACUAAACUUGCUCACCACCUGGUCCGUGUACUUCAUCAAGUUGUGCAAGCAGCGCGCCGCUAAGCGCAAACGACCCUCGUUGGUGCACAUGAUGGGGCUGCAACGCACCGGCCGUUUGUCGCCCAGGUCGAAGAUGGGCGCGAAGUGGUUGGCGAAAGUUAAGAAGGGCCAAGUCCGCCCAAAGCAAAGCGUCACCCUGUCGGUGGUGCAUCUUAGCCCUCUGGGCAGUCAGCUGUCCUUCAACAGCGCAACCAGAAUCGAGAACGUAGUGGACUGGGACUCGAUCAGGAAGAAAUAUCUCGCCCUGACCGGCAACGAGCCCGAGAAGGACGAGACGGAGGAGAAGGAGGAGAAGGGCGAUCAGAACGAGAACGAAGAUGAGACCAGUCCGACAGCUUCCAAUGUCUCGACGACGUUACCGGCGACGGUCCCGAAUCCGCCCAUGUAAAAAUAUCGUCAUCUACCUACCCACCCUCGUCGAAUGCGAGUCUGUGCGAAAAGCAGCACACUCAGAGCGCGAGCAAACGAGCGGCUGAAUUUUUAUCGAGUGUCGCACGAUCAUGUCCUGUGUUACUUGAACGGGGCUCUUAAUGGUGCGCAAAAUUGCGUUAACAGUGCGCAAAAUUGCCGGAGAAUGGUUUCUCGCAAAUCGCUACCGCAGACACAACGAUCCCAACGAUCGAGCGAGACCAUCAGUAUGGGGAUCCUUGCGCGAUCCUCGCAACGGCGACCGACCGAGCAUUUAAGC